AACGUUGUGAAACAGCGGAACAGACGAGAAGUCCACAGAAAGAAGAACCAGACAACAUGGAGUUUCAUCUGUACUGACGCUUCUAUGGAUAUAAACUAUAGUCCUAUAAGGUCCUGGAUGUUGGGGUCCGGUCAUGGGAUGCUUCCACUCAGCAGAUGUCCGCAAGUUACUGCACAACAAGUAUGUUGUUGUCCUUGGAGACUCCAUUCAGAGAUCCGUCUACAAAGACCUGGUGAAGAUGCUGCAGGACGACACAUUUCUCUCUGAAGCCCAGCUGAAACGCAAGGGGGAGCUAUCUUUUGAGAAUGACGCUCUGGUGGAGGGCGGCGAGCUGGAUGGACUGCACAAUGAAACCACCUUCCGAGAAGUGCGGCAGUACCGGAGCGGCCACCAUCUUGUACGUUUCUACUUUCUGACCCGCGUCUACUCUACUUACCUGGAGAGCGUACUCUCGGAUUUCCAGAGCGACCCCCAGCCCGAUGUGCUGAUAGCAAACUCCUGCGUCUGGGAUGUCAAUAGGUACAACGACAAACAUCUGGAGGCUUACAAGACCAACCUGGACACGAUGUUCCAGCGCCUCAAGGAGGUGCUGAGCCCCGAAUGCCUCAUCAUAUGGAACACGACCAUGCCGGUCGGGUACAAGGAUAGCGAAAUCUUAGGGUACAUGGUACACAACCUAAGGAUGGACGUCGUGGAGGGGAACUUCUUCAGCGCCACUUUGGCGAAUUUGCACAAGCUGGAUGUGCUGGACAUGCACUAUCACUUCCGCUGUGACCUGCAUCUCAGAUGCCGGGACUCCAUCCAUUGGAACCAGGUGGCUCAUCGGAAGUACACCCAGAUCCUUCUGACCCAUAUUGCACAGGCAUGGGGGGUGGAGGUGCCGAAGGGCAAGAUCCUGGAAGAGACUGCGUAUAUACCAGGGUACACAUCCUUCGAUGAGAGUGGUAUUAACGACAUGCCCGAUUUCCUCUCCCUUGGAUACUACACUGAUGAAAAGAUAAUCAACUCAGAUGCUGCUUCGCCCUUUGUGACUGACAGCCCUCUACUGACUGCUAACAUAACCCCUGGCUACUUCACCCCUUCUCCAGGUCCUAUGUUCACUCGUCCUCCAUUUGCCCGAAGGAAAAUGAAGAUCACGUCGUGGAGGGGUGGCCGAAUGCAUCCGUACUGCUGAGCGCCAUUUUAACUGCCUGGUAUCUACUGACCUGAACCUGAUGGACAUCCUCCAGCUCACAGCCGCUGCUGGACUCCACGGUCCUGUCUAGUAUGUCCCAUGAUUACUUCUGGAUUGACUCUCUCUGCCCGUCUUUGGAUCAUCACUCACUUACAUUAGACUGGAUGAAGGCGGCCAUCGCAUCUAGUCUGUGGGAACACAAACUGUAUUGAUAAGUGCUAAUGAGACACAGAUCGGUGGCCUGGUGGUCUGAGGCAAUAAAGUUGUUAGGGUUAGCAUUCCUAUUGAUCCAGGUUACUGAAAGGGUUACUAUCAAUAUCCCUGGUGGUCUAGGACAGGAAACGGGUUAAUGUCUAUACCUAGUGGUCGAUGGCAAUACAUCUGUCAGUAUCCUUAAUGAUCCAGGUUAGUUAAAGGGUUAAUGUCAAUGUUCCUGGUGGUCUACUCUAGGCCAGUGAAGGGGCCAAAGUCAGUAUUACUGGUGGUCUAGGGCAGUGAUAACGUUAAUAUCAAUAUCCAUGGUCAUCAAGGCUGGUGAAGGGGUUAAUGUCUGUAUCGCUGGUGGUGUAGGACAGUGAACUAGUUGGCCUCCAUAUACCUGGGGUGGAAGUGGGUAAACUACAGUAUCCAUGGUAGUCUAGGGCAGUGAAGGUUUUAAAUGAGGAGAUUCAACUGAUCGAGACCUUGGACAGACACUGAAUAAAGUAGUGUGAAAAGAGCCCAACUCUGUAGUGAUAGCAUUAUUGUGGUCCCGAGCAGCCUGCUGAGCCCAGGGCCAGGAUUGUAUGACUUGUCAGUAUUAAGUAGUAUUAAUCAGAAGCCUGACAGAUUUUAAAUGAAAUACAUGUUCUAUGUGUAUUCAGCUUCUGCUGCACAUUUACAUGCACCUUUUAUUAUGGUGUUUGGUAUGGAUUUAUCUGCGUCCAUUCUGUGCCUGAUGAAGGGGUCAAACCGACGCUAGAACGCUUUGUCCACUGUGAAUAAAGUCACCGAUACUUAUAUCUUG